AUGGGUAAUCAGUUAGUGUCUUUGCGUCCCCCUCCCAAACCAAAAUGGUCCCCUCCUUUACCUUCCCAGAUAAAAAUAAAUACUGAUGCUUCAUGGACUUUGGAAGGAACAGGACUGGCUGCUGUGGCUAGGAACUCUUCUGGUUCACUUGUAUCUGGGAAGGUUUUAUUUACCCAUGCUUCUUCGUCUUUGGUUGCAGAAGCAUUAGCAGUUAGAUUGGGUGUCCAGUUAGCCCUAUCCAUACCAUCUACUCAUUUUCUGUUUGAGAUUGAUUCUCUCCAACUUGUUAAGCUCCUCACCCAUUCCACCACAUCCACCGAUUGGGCUGUGUUGCCUCUUGUGGAUCAUAUCAGAGCUUUAACAGUUGAUCUUGGUUCUUUUAGCUGGGGUUGGACCAGCAGAAUAGCUAAUCAGGCAGCAGACCACAUCGCCUUGUUAGCUCGCAGGAGGCAGUGUCCAGCUGAUUGGGUUCGGUUUCCACCUUCCUCCUUUACUCAUAUUCUCUUGUAUGAUGCAGAACAUGCUCCAACUUAG